CUUGAAAACGUUGCCAACGAGAUAAGUACACGCGAAAAGUAUGUCGUCCUUGAGUGGUGACGAGAACAGCGAGACCAUGCAAAGUGAGCCAGUGAGGCGAACCAGGUCCGGUCGAGCGGUCAAAAAAGUUGCAACAACGCCGGUCAAAAAGACACCGGCUAAAAAAACUAUGACCAGGGCCACUCGUGCCUCCAAGAUCAUACAUGAAGUCGAGGAGGAAAACAGAUCAGCUGAAACAGACAUUAGUACACCUGAAAAUGGUGUCCAGACAGAAGUUAUCAAAGACUUGAAAGAGAGUACAGUUGAGAAAUUGCAGUCCAUCAAGACUCCAGAACAGACUGAUGAUAAACAUAAAGAGCAGGUGGUUGAACACGAAGAGGAGAAUCAAAAUAAUGAACAUCUAGUAUCAAAAAUUAAAACCAGUCAGGAGCCAGUUGUUGCAUAUCAGCAGGAGCAAGGUGAUUCCAGCGAAGAGGAACAAAGUGAAACAUGUGCACAGAAACAAGAUAACGUUCAUGAGUCAGAGGAGUCAGAGGAGCAAGAAGAACAAGAACAACUAAAUACAUGUGAUGAGGAGCAAGAAAAUAUAAAUGAACAACUGCAAGAAAACAUGUGCGAAGAACAGCAAGAAGUUCUAUGUGAAGAGGAGACAGAAAGUAUGUAUGAACAGGAAAUAGAAAGUGGUACAUAUGAACUGGUGCAAGAAAAUAUCUAUGAAGAGGAGCAAGAAAAUAUAUGUGCAGAUGAGCAAGAAAAUACAUGUGAAGACGAGCAAGAGAACACAUUUGUAAUGGAGCAGGAAAAUUCAGGCGAAGAAGAUCAAGAAAAUUUAUCUGAACAAGUACAAGAAAGUACAUGUGAAGAAGAGCAAGUAGAACUCCAAGAAGAGCUGAUGGAAGAAUGUCAAGCUGAGGCUGCAACUGUGGAAGGUGAAGAGAUACUUGAAUUUGAUCCUGAAGCUGGUCAACCAGAAGAAGAAGCAGCAGCUCAAGUACCAGAGCAAAAACCUGACGAAGAACCUGAAGCAGAACCUAUGGCUGUAGAUGAAGAAGUACUUGCUGAAUCUCUUGAAACUGCUGAAACUGCUAAACGUUCACUGAGAAUCAAGGCUGUAUCAGAAAUGAUGGAGGAAAGUACAGAUGACCAGUGCAUUUUAAUAGAAGAUGACGUAGAUCAGUUUGUUAUGGAGGAAGAGGAAAAAGCUGAGAAAGAAAAGCAAGACUUGGAGAAAAAAAAAUUUUCUGGACAAGAUAGUGAAAUUAUACCUGACAACGAUCAAUUUAGAAAUGAAGAUGUAGAAUUCAUUUCAGAAUGUAAUGAAGUUUCAGAAAAUUCAAUUCAGCAAUCGAACCAAGAUCACGAAGUCAUAGAAAUUAGUGACCAUGAAAGUGAACCAACAUCAAAGAAAAAUGAAAUUGAUACAGAAGCUGUUUCCGAAGAUGAAUUGCCCACUGAAACUGCUGCUAAGGAGCCGGAAACUGAAGCGGUUUCAGACGAAGAAUUGCCGGUGGUUAAACCUGCCGAUCUUGGUGAGACUGAAUCAGUGUCAGACGAAGAAUUACCUGUUGAAAGUGAUAGGAAAAAGAAAGGAAGUAAGUCUGCCAGCAAAAGCAAUGGAAAAAAAUCCAAAUCUGAAUCAAGCAAACGCAAGCGUAACGCUGAAGGUGAAUACGAUCCUAGCUCGCCAACUUCUGAAAAUAAUGAUGAGACGCCUGCUAAAAAAGUCGCUGUUUCAGUUGAUGCCUCUAAUGACAAGGCAGACGUCAAACCUCCUUCUCCAAAAAAGAAAACUCUUCCAGAGCUCGAAAAGUAUUGGAAAGCAGUCAAUGAUGAUCCUGCAGAUUUUACCGGAUGGACUUACUUGUUGCAGUAUGUAGACCAAGAGAACGAUGCCGAGGCAGCUAGGGAAGCUUACAGUAAAUUUCUGGAGCGCUAUCCAUAUUGUUACGGUUACUGGCGCAAAUAUGCUGAUUACGAGAAGAAGAAGGGUGACCCGGAGCGCGUUCAAACAGUAUUUGAUCAAGGUUUGAAAGCUAUAUCCCUCAGUGUCGACUUGUGGCUGCACUACAUCAAUCAUUGUAAAGUCGCUCAUGAAAAGGACGAGGAAAAAAUGAGGGAACAAUAUAACAGAGCCAUCAACGCUUGCGGUCUUGAAUUUCGGUCAGACAAGCUCUGGUUGAGUUACCUAGAAUGGGAAAAAGAGAAUAAAAAACUGGACAAAGUCAUGGCAAUCUAUGACCGACUUUUAUGCACUCCUACUCUCGGCUACCUGUCUCACUUUGAAUCCUUCCAAGAUUUCGUUACGACAAACAGUCCCAAUAAAAUCUUGAGCGUCGACGGAUUCCUGACACUAAGGGCAGAAGUCAAGGCUUCCCUCAAGGCAGAUGACUCUGCAGGAGACGACGCACCGCCUGGUGAAGAAACAGACAAAGAUGCUCCACCGAGCGACGAGGAGACGCGUGCCAUACGUGAAAAGAUCAUCAGUACCCGUAGAAAAAUGCACAAGUCAAAUGUGAAUGCCGUUGCUGCGAGAUGGACUUUUGAGGAGGGAAUUAAGAGGCCUUAUUUCCACGUAAAGCCGUUGGAAAGGUGCCAAUUGAAGAAUUGGAAGGAAUAUUUGGACUACGAAAUUGAACAAAAAGAUCAAGACCGUGUGAUUAUUUUAUUCGAGAGGUGCUUGGUCGCGUGUGCUUUGUAUGACGAAUUUUGGAUGAGGUUUGUGCGCUACUUAGAAUCACUGAAGGGAGACAAUACGGAUAAAAUACAGGACGUGUACACCCGAGCGUGUAAAGUUCAUCAUCCCAAAAAGCCAAAUCUCCAUCUGCAAUGGGCAACAUUUGAAGAGAGCCUAGGCCAUUACGACAAAGCUGCUAGCAUUCUUGAAAACAUUGACGACGUUAUUCCCAAUAUGUUGCAGAUAGCUUACCGCCGCAUUAAUCUCGAACGUAGACGCGGCGAUUUGGACAAAACUUGCUCCCUUUAUGAGCAUUACAUUAAUAAUAGUAAAAAUAGAACUAUUUCAAAUAAUAUAGUUGUAAAGUAUGCUAGAUUCCUAUGUAAAAUUAAGAACGAUACGGACAAGGCCGUCAAAGUUUUAUUGAGGGCAACAGAAAAGGACAAAGACAAUCCAAGAUUAUAUUUGCAAUUGAUAGAUCUCGGCCUUCAAAGAAAUCCCAUCAACACUCAAGAAGUCAUUGGCUAUAUGGAUUUGUUUAUUGAUCGCGAACAUGCCGAUGCAGAACAGCGUGUUUUGUUUGCUCAGCGCAAAGUCGAGUUCCUCGAAGAUUUCAGCACAGACAUUCGGCAAGUCUUGAAAGCACAUGAACAAUUCCAAAAAUGUAUAAAGCAAGCUAAAGAGAGAAAGAAGACGAAAAAUGAUGACAGCAAAACUGAUGUGGCGGCAAAAAAAGCCAAGUUGGAUACGUCAAGUGUACCGCCACCCACAGUCGGCUCGCAAUCCUAUCAGUAUGGUGCGACAGCUUACCAAUCACAGCAGCAAUUCCCGAGUGGCCAAUAUGGUACUCAAGGCGGUUAUCAGCAAAGUUAUCAGCAAUAUCCAGCACCAUCGGAUCCCAACUAUGCCAACUAUCAAAAUUGGCAGUACAGCCAGAGCGGACCCCAAGCUUACAAUCCAUACAAUCAGUGGGGCUCUUACAAUUACUAUUAAAAUUUUUCAUUGCAAAAGCUUUAUUGUUUACCCAAGGUUCUCAUGCCUUUCGCUUGUUAAGCAAAGAGCCUUAAUUCCAAUUCACACAUAAGAGGGUUAAAACAAACGGUGGAGUAUGCUGUGUGCGUUUGACCAAGAGAUGGAUCAUUCUGCGAGUAUGAGUGUUGCGUAAGGAGAAAUUUUGUCGAUUUAGAGGGAUCGUCGGUUUUCGUAACCAAAGUCGGUACGUCGAUGCCAUGAGUCUAUGUAUAUUUUCAUUAUAAAUGGUACAUAAUAUUUAACAAAUUAAGCGGAAUGUAAAUUUUUCAACUUUUGACUGAUCGGCAUUCACACUCACGAUUUUAUUUGUUCUUUCGGUUGCGUAAGAUGUGACAAAACUUAAUUCUUUCUUAUUUUGUUUUCUACAACUUUUUUACAAACUGAGAUAGUUAAAGUGGAGAAAAACAGUUUUAAAAUUGAAAAAUUACUAGAGUCCACAAAUAAUAAGUUAAGUGUCACUAUAUAGUUAACUCAUCUCGGAGUUUAAAUAAUGUGCAUGUGAGAUAGUGCACUAACAUACAGUCACCUGUAAAAUUAGAAUUUGACAGCGUUUGCAUUAAAAGUGGGUUGCAAUUAUUUCCACUUGGUUUAGUUGAUUUAUUCUGUAAAGACACACACAUUUGGUCAGUGUUGCGAUAAUUAGAAUAAAUAAAAGAUUUAAGUCAGUUUAAUAACUUUUAAUUCAGACAAUUAUUUCCCAUUACCCAUGCUUAUUCAUCAUUACAAUCGCGUAUUUUCUAUUUAGUUUUGCGACUCGCAAUACCUAUUUUGAUUUAAUAAUUAACAAGUCAAAGUUCGUGUAUAGUCUUCGUGUAAUUGUAUUAUGAAUUAAUUUUAUGGAUAACUGAAUAAACUGUUUUUCAAUCUGUAAAA